UUAACAAUACGUCUUGAAAUGGCUGAACAUCAACCCCCUCCCGAAAACACCCAAAUGAAGCCUCUUCUUUCCCCAGAAGAUAUGAUGGAGAAGAAAACAUCAGUGCAGGAAGAGGAGGAUGUGAACGAGGAAUCUCCUCCCCCCGCGCUGGUAGGACGGAAUCUCGGGCUUCUCACAGCGGGGCUCUGUCUCUGUGUGUUCCUUUCUGCCCUCGACAUCACCAUUGUCAGCACAUCACUGACAAGCAUUUCGAAUGACCUGGACGCCUUUGAAGAAAGCAGCUGGAUUGUAUCGAGCUAUCUGGCAACAUAUUUCAGCUUCCUCAUUAUAUGGGCCAAGCUGAGCGACUUCUUCGGCCGCAAGCGAAUGCUCAUCGGCGCCGUCGUGCUCUUUCUGGCCUUUUCGGGGGCGUGUGGUGGAACAAAGGCCCCCAUGGCACUUAUUGUCUGCCGUGCCUUUCAAGGGAUUGGAGGCGCCGGGAUCUUCAGUAUGGUGCCUAUCAUCGUGGCGGAAAUGGUCGAGCCAGCACGAUACGGCGCAUACAACGGGAUCAUCUCUCUCGCCAUCGCGUUCAGCUUUCUAUUAGGCCCACUGUUUGGGGGAGCCAUCAGCGACGGCACGACCUGGCACUGGAUCUUCUGGAUCAACCUCCCCGUCAGCGUGGUGGCCCUGGCGCUCGUCUUUGUCUCCAUGCCCGCUGAAUUUGGUCUAUCCAAGCCACGAGACAGGAACGUCCCGAUCCUCAAUCGCAUCGACUAUCCGGGUUUCUUUAUGCUCCUUGCCUCGUGUGUCUUGGUCAUCGUCGCCAUCGAGGAGGCCGGCAUCUCCUAUGCGUGGGACUCGGCUCUCGUCAUCGCCUGUCUGGUCAUCGCGGGAAUCCUCUUCCUUCUCUUUAUAGCCUGGCAGUGGUAUCUCGAUCACACCCAGUCCCAGCGGGAACCUAUCUUCCCUUGGCAGUUUGUCAAGACGCGAGUGUUGAUGGGAAUAUACCUUAAUGCACUACUUUCUGGCGUCCCCUUUGUCACUCUGGUCAUUGAACUCCCCCUCCGCUUCAUGAGCAUCAACGGUAAAUCCGGGCUCGACUCGGGCAUCGCCAUCCUGCCAUUCACCUUGGCUCUGGCCUUUGGAUCGGCCAUCACCGGCUCGAUCACAAGCAAAGGUCGCGUCCCAGUCAUUGCGGUCCUCUUCGCCGCCACCCUCUUCCAAAUCCUCGGCAUGGGACUUCUCUACUCGGUUGCAGUGACGGCGCAUCUUCCAGCGAGUAUUUACGGGUAUCAGUUCCUCGCUGGACUGGGCACGGGUCUCAGCUUGACCACUCUUCUCAACGUUGUUCCCUCUGUCGUGGAUCGGCGCGUUCUAGCCGUUGCCAUGGGAGGAGUCACGCAAUUGCGCAUUCUAGGCGGCGCUCUGGGAACAUCAAUCGCAACAAAUCUAUUGAAUACCACGGCGAAAAGCCGUCUGGCAACUGAAUUACCCGCCGACACACUUGCGCGCAUCCUCAAAGACGUCUCGUUAGUCCAGACCCUCUCGUCGGCCGAUCAGACGAUGGUCCACGCUGCCUUUGCACAGGGAUACCAUAAGCAACUGGCUAUGAUGUUGGGAUUCUGUGCGGCCGAGGUGGUUGCUUUGGCGUUGAUUUGGGAAUGGCCCAUGAGGCGGUUAGAGUGA